AUGACAAAAUUAUCAUUCAUUAGAUGUGAUAAUAAUGGCAAAGAACUACAAUUGUCUUUGAAGUCAAUAGCACAACAACAAUCACAACCUUUUGUUUUUAUUAAUGGCAAUGAUGAAAAUAUUGAUGAUGUAUUGCAUUCAGAAAAAUAUAAUUUAUCUUUAAAAGUCACAUCAAUAAAUUCAACAUCAACAUGUAGUUAUUUUAAAAGAUCAUUUCAAAAUCACUAUAAUCAAUCAACUUCAAACAAUGAAUUUAUCAAAAGAUAUUUAGAAAUGCCAGAAGAAGUAAAAUUGCUGGAUUGGUAUUUUACCAGAUUUAAAGAUCCUAAUUAUACUGUUUUGUCAUAUAUGGCUU